AUGCCCGCCUGGCCGGUCAACUUCCACAGCAGCGAGCACAAGACGACCACCGAGGAGUCGAGUCGGCUCUUCUCGUUCGCGCCGCCGUUCCCCAUCUGCUUCGACGCGACGUUCGACGUCUCGUUCGACGUCCCGCAAAUCGAAAAAGCCGACGAGGAGAAGAACCAGACUCCUGUUCGUUCAUUGGUCAUCUUCUGCGUCUUCAUCUUCAUCGCCAUCUUCAUGAUCCUUGGUGCUUUGAUAUUUGUCAUCCUUGGAGCGGAAGUUCAAGAUCACAAACAGAUUCGUCACAAUGCCGAUACCGUAGCCAAAUAUGAGCUACUACGAGGAGAAUUCGGACCCGAUCACAUUGACAUUGGAGGGAAUGACCCGAAAUCGCCAAUUCUACCGACGCCGACUUGGCAGAUUCCGACUGAAUCCUAUCGACCGCAGCAUUAUGAUGUUGAUCUGCAUGUCUAUCUCCCCGGUCACGGCACCCCAAUUCCGAAAGAACGCGAAUUCGACUUCUUUGGCAUCGUCAACAUUACGUUGGCCGUCGAUGAGCCGCAAAAACACAUUGAACUGCACAGCAAGAAAUUGGAGCUGGUGGCUGCCACGUUGAUCGAGGAUGGGGGGAAGCUCCGCCGUCUCAGCAUUCGAUUCAACAACACCCUCGAUCGUGUGGCUCUCUCCGAUGGCAACGUCAUCAACAAGGGCACCCAUAUCAUCCAGAUUGCCUAUCGUGGCGUAAUCAGUCGUUCGCUGUUCGGUCUCUACCGUUCCUCAUAUCAAACCAGGGAUGGCCAGAAACGCUUCAUCGCCACCACCCAAUUCGAGGUGACGAACGCCCGUGAGAUGACGCCGUGCUUUGACGAGCCGCGCUUUAAGGCCACUUGGCGUUUCUCCGUCCGCCAUCCCGUCAACACUACAGCCACCACAAAUGCCGCCAUCCACGGGCAGCCCUUCAGCGAGGAACACGGUGGUCUCUCGUGGAUUCGGACAAAAUUCGAAACGAGUCCCGUCAUGUCGUCGUAUAUCGUCGCUCUCGUCAUCCAUGACUUUGGCUACGAAUCGGUUAUUGCUUCGAAUAAUGUGAAGAUCGGCAUCUAUGCCCGGAAAGAGGCCAUGUCACACACAAAAACGGCACUUGACGCGGCUGCACUGGCCCUGCCAGAAAUCGAACGCCUGGUCGGAGUCAAAUACCCACUACCAAAGCUCGACAUCUUUGCCAUCCCCGACUUUUCCGCCGGCGCCAUGGAGAACUGGGGAAUCAUGACGUUCAAAGAAAGGCGCGAGCCGACCACCAGCUACGCGUUGACCGACAUGUUCGGUGGAUUGACGUACCAAAAAGCGGCUUACGGCAUCUACACGAUGUACGCGACGCUUGGCGAGAAGCGCUUCUUCGCCAUGGUCAAAGCGUACCUCGAGAAGAACAAGUACUCGACGACCUCUUGGCGUGAUAUUUGGAUGGCGGCGGAUGAGGAGAAGCAUGGGCUGUGGCAGCAGGCCGUCCAAGCUCACCUGGACCACAUUUUGCUGCCGGGCUACCCCCGAAUCGACGUGGCUCGGAUUGGCAAGAAUCGAUACGCAAUCACCACCCAUCGUCACUGUCUAUCGGACGAGACGAUGCAUGCCGACCGGAGAAAUGAUGACCUCCGUGACAGCACCUGGCGUAUUCCGAUUCAAUACCCGGGACAGAAGGAGCUCCAAUUUGUUCCGGCUAAUGGUGGCAAACCAAGACUGAGUGAUUUGUUCCCGAUGGCCGCCACCGGCGCUGUGCCCUAUAAAUUGGUCCUCGAAAUGUUGGAAACCAUGGGACAGAAUCCGAACGCCGAUCCUGAUCUGAUAAGAGGGUUCUGGAAUAUCGAAGAAAGACUUCGUUCCAAUGGGCCGACACGCCGUAUGCUCGAGAUCCUGAAUAAUGCCAGUAGCUACUACAAUGGACUGGCUUUUCCUUCAAUCCCGCUCAACUCUACGCAACGCAAGCUGAAAAUCGCUGCAGCCCGCCAACAACGACACCAAGAUCAGCGUUAUUCCAUGGAACAACAGGAGUUGCUGGACCUCUUCAAGGAAUUGGACGAUCAAGCUCUGAGGCGGAAGCUCGGCAUGCCAGUGGCCGACGAGGGCGAGCCGGCUUGGCGUGUCUUUGAGAAGCUGGUGAUCGAGGCCUGUCCCGAGGGGGUGAUGAUCAGCAAGUGCAGCAAAUACGCAGCAUCGGACCGUGCGACCGGCUACGUGCGCGCCAUAGAAAGUGGCGACGAUGAGAGGAGGGAGAAAACAUCUGCUUUCAUGUGGAAAUCGCUGGAAAUUGAGACGGACCCAACGGAAAAGAAGGCCCUUGCUAAUGCCAUCAUCAGAUCCAAGGAUUGGAAAUGGGUUGAACGCCUUCUCGAUGCUCAUAUCAACAAUGCGGGCCUGACACCACCCGAUUCGACGACCUGGUAUGCCGAGUUAAUCGGAGGACGCCAGGAAACAUUCGACUGGCUCUACAAUAAUAUGUCCUCCAUUGUCAAGAGCUACAACGAGUCCUCGGAAGCCCUCAAGGAACUCAUUGAGACAGCUGUCGGCAAGUUCCAGCGCAACGAGGCACUGCCCCUCCGGGUCGCCCUGCUCCAAAGCCAUCCGGAUUUGCCGGAAGCGCUGCGCCCACUCCGCUUCUGGUACACCGUCCCUGGAGAAUCAGCGCAUCGAGGCCGCCUGGCACAAGAAAUAUUCGUUCGAGCUGCUCGAGGCGUUCGCCAAGCUUCCGCAGCAGAAGGAGGCCUGAUCGGCCCUGCUUGUGACGAGGAUCCGGAU